UUUCUACAAGAAUAAAAUACUCCAUGAAAUAUUAAUAACAAAUGGGAUUUCUCGUAUUGAUAAUUAGUUUAUAACGGGUUCGACUUCAGUAAUAAUUUUGAUCACCAUGAAAAUUCGUUUUCCUCUGAAUUUUCCAUGGAAAACGUAAAUAAUGGGGAAUAUUGUCUACGAAGUUGAAUUCUGAUUAGUUAAUCCUGAAUCUGAUUAAUUCAUCGAUCGACAUUUUUAAUUACAAAUUAAGAAGGUUGUGGGGGAGAGAAUUGUCGUAUCAAGUACAUUUUAUUGAAUUUAGUUCUGAGUUCAAGUCUGGAUCGUCUGGAUGUAACCUCACGUCACAUUUGCAGUCCAUGUGUUAAGUUAGUGCUGUUGAUUAAAAAAAGGUGAUAAUGGUGUCGAAAAAUGAGGAUAUUGCAGACGUUCCACUGAAUCAUGAGGUUUUGGAGUGCAAGGGGAGAAGAGAGGAUUUAUGGGAGAAAUUGGGAAGACCUAGGAAUAUUGUAGCUCCAAUGGUUGAUGCCAGUGAAUUAGCUUGGAGAUUACUUUCACGUCGACAUAAUUCUCAUCUCUGCUACACCCCAAUGUAUCACGCACAAGUUUUUUGCAGAGACUCCAAAUACAGAAAAGAUGCACUCGCCAGUUGUCCAGAGGAUCGACCCCUGAUAGUUCAAUUCUGUGGAAACGAUCCCAUUACUUUGUUGGAGGCAGCGCAAUUGGCCGAACCUUUUUGCGAUGCAAUCGAUAUUAAUAUCGGGUGUCCCCAGGCCAUAGCCAAACGAGGACAUUACGGAGCUUUUUUGCAGGACGAUUGGGAAUUAUUAAAUAAAAUAGUGAAAACAUUGAGUGAAGGACUGAAAAUCCCUGUGACGUGCAAGCUUCGGGUUUUUCCGGAAAUAGAAAAAACAGUGGCUUAUGCUAAAAUGUUAGAGUCAUCGGGCGCUAAAUUAUUGACAGUUCAUGGAAGAACGAGAGAACAGAAGGGCCCGAUGACAGGUCUAGCUUCCUGGGAGCACAUAAAAGCUGUUCGUGAGGCAGUGAAAAUUCCGGUAUUUGCCAAUGGAAAUAUCCAGUGCCUCCAGGACGUGGACAGAUGCAUUUCGGAGACUGGAGUCCAGGGAGUCAUGUCGGCUGAGGGUAAUUUAUUCAAUCCCUUGAUUUUCGAGGGUUCUUAUCCCCCGAGUUGGGAGCCAGCCGAAGAGUAUCUGAAUCUAGUGGAAAAAUAUCCAGCAUCCCCUGCUUUUAUUCGUGGGCACUUAUUUAAAUUAUUCCAACACACAUUAUGUUUACCAGAAAAUUCAGAGGAGCGAUCGAUUCUAGCGGGUAAUUCCAACAUGGAGAAUUUUAGAGCUGUAGUUUUGAAAAUGAAGGAGAGAUAUUUACCUUAUCACGAGGGAGAAAUCGUUUGGCAGUCGAAGCCAGAAGAUUACAACCUGGUGCUUCCUCCAUGGCUCUGCCAACCGUACGUCAGAGACUCGCCAGAGGAUCACAUGAGCAAAGUGGAAGCGAAGAGAAUCGAAAUAGAAAAUAUGGGGGUGAAAAGGGAUUACCUGGACGACGAGGGGAAUCUAGUCUCCAGGAAGAAGAUGAAGAAACUGAGGAGAAUCGCCAGACGACCUCAUCGGGGACCCAGUGUCAAAAAAGGCUCCGAUCUCUGCACCAGCUGUCCUAAUCCCGUGGGAAUGAAGUGCGAAUACAAAAUGUGUCGUCAGUGCUGUAGAAAUAAAUGUUACAAUGACAAUCUCGACUGUUUGGGCCACCGAAAUCUCACGAAAACACGUCGAAAAAUGGCAGUGGAGUUCAAAAAACAGCGAGGAGAGGAAUACUCCACUGAAAAAAUCAUUAACACCGAUGAUUAAUUAAAUAUUAAUUACUUUUAAUAAUGAAAAGACGAUAAUUUU